ACAAUGAGUAUACACAAAGGUAUCACUGAUAAAAUCAAUGUAAAAGGAAAACGCUGAUCCUUCUACAUAGGAGACUCUCAGAGGAUUUGUCGGUCUCUUAUAGUAAAUGAGCAGCGCACAGUGUGAGUGAGAAGAAAUCCUCCAGCUGAUAUGGUUCAUACAGGAAUGUGCCCUGAACCAGAAUGACCUUUAUAUGGAUUACACAGUAGUGAAGAAGACAUCCAGUGAGUGUGAGAUACUCAACAGCCAUCCCCGUGUGUCAGGAGGACUGAGUAGAACCCAAAGCCCAAUCACGGUGCCUACACCUCACUCACUGAUACAUGAGAGACACAAUGACCAGAAGAUCCUGGAACUCACCAACAAGAUCAUUCAGUUGCUGACUGGAGAGGAGGGGGAGUAUAUAGAGGAACACAGGGGUCUGUACAAGGACUUGAUGAUGGAGAAUCACCGGCCCCUCACAUCACUGGAAGGACCCAGUAACAGAGAUACCCCAGAGAGAUGUCCCCGUCCUCUGUAUUCCCAGGAUUGUACAGAGGAGAAUCACAGGAUCCCACAGGAGGAUCAGGAUGAAGCCCAAUUAAAUAAUAUUAAUAUCAAAGAUACAGAGGGAGAAAAAGAGACAUAUGUGACUGAUACAAAGGCAGAAGAUAUAGAGGGAGAAGAAGAGACAUAUGUGACUGAUAUGAAGGCAGAAGAUACAGAGGGAGAAGAAGAGACGUAUGUGACUGAUAUAAAGGCAGAAGAUAUAGAUGGAGAAGAAGAGACGUAUGUGACUGAUAUGAAGGCAGAAGAUACAGAGGGAGAAGAAGAGACGUAUGUGACUGAUAUAAAGGCAGAAGAUAUAGAUGGAGAAGAAGAGACGUAUGUGACUGAUAUAAAGGCAGAAGAUAUAGAGGGAGAAGAAGAGACGUAUGUGACUGAUAUAAAGGCAGAAGAUAUAGAUGGAGAAGAAGAGACGUAUGUGACUGAUAUAAAGGCAGAAGAUAUAGAGGGAGAAGAAGAGACGUAUGUGACUGAUAUAAAGGCAGAAGAUAUAGAUGGAGAAGAAGAGAGGUAUGUGACUGAUAUGAAGGCAGAAGAUACAGAGGGAGAAGAAGAGACGUAUGUGACUGAUAUAAAGGCAGAAGAUAUAGAAGGAGAAGAAGAGACGUAUGUGACUGAUAUAAAGGCAGAAGAUAUAGAAGGAGAAGAAGAGACGUAUGUGACUGAUAUAAAGGCAGAAGAUACAGAGGGAGAAGAAGAGACGUAUGUGACUGAUAUAAAGGCAGAAGAUACAGAGGGAGAAGAAGAGACGUAUGUGACUGAUAUAAAGGCAGAAGAUACAGAGGGAGAAGAAGAGACGUAUGUGACUGAUAUAACGGCAGAAGAUACAGAGGGAGAAGAGGAGACGUAUGUUACUGAUAUAAAGGUAGAAGAUACAGAGGGAGAAGAAGAGACGUAUGUGAGGGGUGAUCAGCAGUCUAAGGAGGAGGAAAUCCCUACAGAUAUCAGCACAGCAGGUGGACACACAAGCAGGAAUAUCUCAGAAGGACAUCUAAUGUUAUCCCCGGAUUGUGACAUAAAAGAUAAUGACAGUAGACAGGAUUCUCCAGGAGAUAACCCCAUUACCCCAAUUAUACAUCCAGCUCUAUCAGCUGAUCCCUCUGAUACUGGGAAAUGUUCUCCUGAUCACCCUGAUAUUGGUGCAUCUGUUACAGCUCUGACAGUAGAUACAGAGUUUCCGUGUUCUAUAGAUGCCAAAUGUUUUACACAGAACACAAAGCCUAUUAACCCACACACAGGUAAGGUAGGUGAAAGGCCACUGAUAUGUUCUGAGUGUGGGAAAUGUUUUACAUACAAAUCACAGCUUGUUAUACAUCAGAAAAGUCACACAGGUGAGAGGCCAUUUUCUUGCUCUGAGUGUGGGAAAUGUUUUGCACGGAAAUCACAUCUUGUUAUACAUCAGAAAAGUCACACAGGCGAGAGGGCAUUUUCUUGCUCUGAGCGUGGGAAAUGUUUUGCACAGAAAUCACAUCUUAUUAAUCAUGAGAGAAGUCACACAGGUGAGAAGCCAUUUUCUUGCUCUGAGUGUGGGAAAUGUUUUGCACAGAAAUCACAUCUUAUUAAUCAUGAGAGAAGUCACACAGGUGAGAGGCCAUUUUCUUGCUCUGAGUGUGGGAAAUGUUUUGCAUGGAAAUCACAUCUUGUUAUACAUCAGACAAGUCACACAGGCGAGAGGCCAUUUUCUUGCUCUGAGUGUGGGAAAUGUUUUGCACGGAAAUCACAUCUUGUUAUACAUCAGAAAAGUCACACAGGCGAGAGGGCAUUUUCUUGCUCUGAGUGUGGGAAAUGUUUUGCACAGAAAUCACAUCUUAUUAAUCAUGAGAGAAGUCACACAGGUGAGAAGCCAUUUUCUUGCUCUGAGUGUGGGAAAUGUUUUGCACUCAAAUCAGAUCUUGUUAGACAUCAGAGAAGUCACACAGGUGAGAAGCCGUUUUCUUGCUCUGAGUGUGGGAAAUGUUUUGCACUCAAAUCAGAACUUGUUAGACAUCAGAGAAGUCACACAGGUGAGAAGCCAUUUUCUUGCUCUGAGUGUGGGAAAUGUUUUGCACAGAAAUCACAUCUUAUUAAUCAUGAGAGAAGUCACACAGGUGAGAAGCCAUUUUCUUGCUCUGAGUGUGGGAAAUGUUUUGCACUCAAAUCAGAUCUUGUUAGACAUCAGAGAAGUCACACAGGUGAGAAGCCAUUUUCUUGCUCGGAGUGUGGGAAAUGUUUUGCACAGAAAUCACAUCUUAUUAAUCAUGAGAGAAGUCACACAGGUGAGAAGCCAUUUUCUUGCUCGGAGUGUGGGAAAUGUUUUGCACAGAAAUCACAUCUUAUUAAUCAUGAGAGAAGUCACACAGGUGAGAGGCCAUUUUCUUGCUCUGAGUGUGGGAAAUGUUUUGCACUCAAAUCAGAUCUUGUUAGACAUCAGAGAAGUCACACAGGUGAGAAGCCAUUUUUUUGCUCUGAGUGUGGGAAAUGUUUUGCACUCAAAUCAGAACUUGUUAGACAUCAGAGAAGUCACACAGGUGAGAAGCCAUUUUCUUGCUCGGAGUGUGGGAAAUGUUUUGCACAGAAAUCACAUCUUAUUAAUCAUGAGAGAAGUCACACAGGUGAGAGGCCAUUUUCUUGCUCUGAGUGUGGGAAAUGUUUUGCACUCAAAUCAAAUCUUCUUAUACAUCUCAGAAGUCACACAGGUAAGAAUCCAUUUUCUUGCUCUGAGUGUGGGAAAUGUUGUCUAACAAGAUGUGAUUUACUUACACAUCACAGAAGUCACACAGGUGAGAAGCCAUUUCUAUACUCUGGACACACAAGCAGGAAUAUCUCAGAAGGACAUCUAAUGUUAUCCCCGGAUUGUGACAUAACAGAUAAUGACAGUAGACAGGAUUCUCCAGGAGAUAACCCCAUUACCCCAAUUAUACAUCCAGCUCUAUCAGCUGAUCCCUCUGAUCCUGGGAAAUGUUCUCCUGAUCACUCUGAUAUUGGUGCAUCUGUUACAGCUCUGACAGUAGAUACAGUGUUUCCGUGUUCUAUAGAUGCCAAAUGUUUUACACAGAACACAAAGCCACAGACAGGUAAGGCAGGUGAAAGGCCACUGAUAUGUUCUGAGUGUGGGAAAUGUUUUACAUGCAAAUCAGAUCUUGUUAUACAUCAGCAAAGUCACACAGGUGAGAAGCCAUUUUCUUGCUCUGAGUGUGGGAAAUCUUAUUAUUCUAAAUCACAUCUUGUUAGACAUAACAGAAGUCACACAGGUGAGAAGCCAUUUUCUUGCUCUGAGUGUGGGAAAUGUUUUACACAGAAAUCAAGUCUUGUUGAACAUCACGUAAGUCACACAGGUGAGAAGUCAUUUCCAUGUUCUGAGUGUGGAAAAUGUUUUGCACUUAAAUCACAUCUUGUUAGACAUCAGAGAAGUCACACAGGUGAGAAGCCAUUUUCUUGCUCUGAGUGCGGGAAAUGUUUUACACAAAAAUCACAUCUUGUUACCCAUCAGCAAAGUCACACAGGUGAGAAGGCAUUUCCAUGUUCUGAGUGUGUGAAAUGUUUUACCUGGAAAUCACAACUUGUUAUACAUCAGAGAAGUCACACAGGUGAGAAGCCAUUUUCUUGCUCUGAGUGCGGGAAAUGUUUUACACAAAAAUCACAACUUGUUACCCAUCAGCAAAGUCACACAAGUGAGAAGGCAUUCCCAUGUUCUGAGUGUGUGAAAUGUUUUACAUGGAAAUCACAACUUGUUACACAUCAGCAAAGUCACACAGGUGAGAAGGCAUUCCCAUGUUCUGAGUGUGGGAAAUGUUUUGCACACAAAUCAAAUCUUGUUAUACAUCACAGAAGUCACACAGGUGAGAAGCUGUUUUCUUGCUCUGAGUGUGGGAAAUGUUGUGUAAGUAAAUCACAACUUGUUGCACAUCUGCGCAGUCACACAGGUGAAAAGCCUUUUCCAUGUUCUGAGUGUAGGAAAUGUUUUGCAUGGAAAUCAGAUCUUGUUAUACAUCACAGAAGUCACACAGGUGAGAAGCCAUUUUCUUGCUCUGAGUGCGGGAAAUGUUUUACACAGAAAUCACAACUUGUUAUCCAUCAGCAAAGUCACACAGGUGAGAAGGCAUUUCCAUGUUCUGAGUGUGGGAAAUGUUUUGCACACAAAUCAGUUCUUGUUACACAUCAGAGAAGUCACACAGGUGAGAAGCCAUUUCCAUGUUCUGAGUGUGGGAAAUGUUUUGCACACAAAUCAGUUCUUGUUAGACAUAACAGAAGUCACACAGGUGAGAAACCAUUUUCUUGCUCUGAGUGUGGGAAAUGUUUUACACAGAAAUCAAGUCUUGUUGAACAUCACGUAAGUCACACAGGUGAGAAGUCAUUUCCAUGUUCUGAGUGUGGAAAAUGUUUUGCACUUAAAUCACAUCUUGUUAGACAUCAGAGAAAUCACACAGGUGAGAAGCCAUUUUCUUGCUCUGAGUGCGGGAAAUGUUUUACACAGAAAUCACAACUUGUUAUCCAUCAGCAAAGUCACACAGGUGAGAAGCCAUUUCCAUGUUCUGAGUGUGGGAAAUGUUUUGCACACAAAUCAGUUCUUGUUAGACAUCAGCGAAGUCACACAGGUGAGAAGCCAUUUCUAUACUCUGAGAAAUAAAUCAUCAGAAUCAGCUUUAUUGGCCAGGUGUACUCACGUACACUAGGAAUUGUUUGUGGUACAAUGCAUCACCAAGCAGCAACAUGAAAGGGGAAUGCAUAGCAUAAGAAGGGGGAAAAACAUAGCAUACAUUACACAUAUGAGUUCAUACUGCACAUUGCAACUGUACAAUAGACUCGACAUAUUAUACAUGUAAGACUAAAAACGAAGGCUGCUUGGCAGAGCAGCACUGAGGCGCCAACUAGAACUCAAACAAUGCACAUAAUACAGAAGAAUUAAGUAUUACACAUCAAAAGAUAAACCACACAGACAAAAAUAAAAAAAUAUACAUUUUGGGUAAUAACUACCAUGGGCUGUGUAUUCCACCCUCACAGGGUACCAGGUGCGGCGCACUGUGUAGGAUUACCCUCGGUGGACUAGUCCAUCCUUGAGGGGUAGGCCUGUAAGGUACUACUGAUGUUCACUGCCAGAGGGUUAGUGGGCAUAGUCCUGGUAAUUUCGUUUUCGAGGUUUGAUGAGUCCACAUAAUGUUUUGGAUUUCUUUCUUGAUGUUCAUCAAUGUUUGUUCAACUGUUUUUUUAACUGUUAAUUUUCAAAACGCUUAGAGAUAAGAACGCUUUAAGUAUUUUAACGCACAGCUGUGCAUGGCUGAAGCUACAGAUAUAUUAUGGUAAAUUGACACAACUACAGCUGAGACAAAUGUCUCACUAAUCAAAGGAGCUAAAUUACCCAGUGUUUGACUAAGCAGACACCAGCCCAGUCUGCCUUGAUUAAAUAUGCGGCACUGACCAGACUUUGAAACACAGGUAUUUUAAAUUACAAAGAAAACCAGAAAUCACAAAACUAUCUAACAUGAGAUUUGAACAUACAUUUAGAAUAGAUGUUUUGCUGAGGUUUAGAUUGAGAACCCAGUACCAAUCCUAAAUGGUUGUCUAGCUGAGCUCCAGGUGUGGGUGAUGCCAGUUGGCUGUGACUCAGUCCUGGUGAAACAGGUCCUUAUGAUAGACGCUCACCAACAAAGGGCAGGGCUACAGCUCAGCUUUACUACCAACCAGACAUACGCUUGGGGGUUCAGAGUUACAAAAUGCUGAUCAUGUGCGGAAUCUUGGUGUCCUGGAUCGUGGAUGGUGGAGUGACACUUAGACAUCGGUAUCUGCCAUAAUCAGAUCCUCAUCUGAGGAACAUAACCAGACUCCAGCACUUAUUUCCCUCAGAAGAUCUUCCUACAGUCAUACAUGCACUUGUAUCAUCACACAUAGAUUACUGCAAUGUCCUCUACCUGGGUCUCCCAGCAAAAGAAUUGCACCACUUGUAGCUUGUACAGAAUGCAGCAGCCAGGCUGUUACCUAACCAGCCCGUUCCUGCCACAUAACACCCAUUCUCUGCUCCCUGCACUGGCUGCCUGUAAGAUGGUGACUCUAUUACAUAAUCUUACUGACUCUCCCAGUCCUACAUGACCAGGGUCCAUGGUACCAGAACCAGCUUCUGCCUCCUUACUGCCCUGCUUUCUUACUUCCACCUGCACAUGAAGGACUGUUACCACCAGCACCAAGAAUCCCCAAGCAAUGCUGAGAGGUCAGGGGGAAGACAGGGUGGUGGCACUAGUGCUGUAGCGGGGGCUGCCGGAGGCACUGUC